CCUGAAUUCUUGAUAUAAAUGCCAUCAGUGUUGCGAACCUCCGAAAUUCUCGACUCGCUCUCUCAGUCAUGAGUAUAAUCUGGCCUUUUCCCCCUCGCUACGGCAAAGGAUUUACGAGCAAUCAUUCAGGCCAGGUCGCUGCACGGCGCUUCGUGAGGCAUUGGGCAUAGAUGCUGUCUAUUGGCAAGCACUCAUUCAGGCGGCGCGGACACGAACUUCGAUCGAGGAGAUGGGCGACCAGGCUAACCUUCAGUAUAUUCCUGACAUGGUUCGGGAAUCCCAUCUGGAUCAAUGCGAUGCACAGGACGAGAAUUCUUCGAAUGCAUCACCGACCCUCGUCGCGACGCCCUCGUCCAACGAUAUGGUCCAACUAGCCCAGAAAGACGAUGAUGUGAACCAUACGCUGGUUGAGCCUAGUUGGGCGCCAUACAAGAACGAAGACGCGCCGCCACUGAACGCCGCGUAUCGUCAUUUCAAGGACCCCGUUCUGUAUGCCAUUUGGCAGACGCCGCAAGUGGAGAUUUCUGAUCGAGAGAAUGCGUAUCUGGCGCAAUCAGGAGGCAAAUGCUCGCGCACUGCUGAUCUGCGAUAUUCUUCCCAAGGUCAGGACUGUUCAGGCGUGAAGCGGAGACGCGCCCCAAGUCUCGAUGGGUUCGGUUUGUAGUAGUCAGCACAUUAGUACUGUUCAUUGUUACUCGCGCCGUGAACGCGUGAUCCGUUAUAACAAGGGACUGCCAGCGAAGGAUGCUCGCUCGGUAAGCUCUAUUUAAC